AUGUCCACCAUGUCCACUCGCUCCGCCUGGCGGGCAUUGCACUACAGCGCCAAGCGUCGCGCUUUCCAACCCACCACUCCCUACCGUUGUUUCUCCUGUGCCAAUCGCACCCAGGAGCAGAAGCCAAAUGACCGCAUGACACACUUCGGCUUCACCAAUGUUCCCGAGUCAGAGAAGGAGUCGCGAGUCGGCGCCGUCUUCAGCUCCGUCGCAGCCUCCUACGACCGCAUGAACGACCUAAUGUCCCUCGGCAUCCACCGCCUAUGGAAAGACCACUUCGUCCGAUCCCUGAACCCAGGCUCUUGCCUCCCCGCCAUGACCGCCGACCAACGCGGCUGGAACAUCCUGGAUAUCGCCGGCGGGACCGGUGACAUUGCCUUCCGCAUGCUCGACCACGCCACGAACGUCAACCACGACAUGGAGACCCGCGUGACGAUCAGCGAUAUCAACGCCGACAUGCUAGCCGAGGGCCGCAAGCGGUCUCUCGACACUCCCUACUACAACACGUCGCGACUGGACUUUGUCGAGGCGAACGCCGAGCACAUGCCUCAUAUCCCCGACGCCUCGGUAGAUCUGUACACUGUUGUUUUUGGAAUCCGGAACUUCACGGAUAAGCAGGCUGCGCUGAAUGAGGCGUACCGUGUGCUUAAGCCCGGUGGUGUGUUUGCCUGCAUGGAGUUCAGCAAGGUCGAUAACCCCAUUCUGGAUGGGAUUUAUAAGCGCUGGAAUUUUGGGGCUAUCCCGCUUAUUGGACAGAUUGUUGCCGGGGAUCGUGAUAGUUAUCAGUAUCUUGUUGAGAGUAUUGAGCGUUUCCCUAGCCAGGAGGAGUUUAGGGGGAUGAUUCAGAAGGCUGGGUUUAUGAUUCCUGGUCAGGGCUUUGAGAACCUUACUGGUGGUAUUGCUGCUAUUCAUAAGGGUAUUAAGCCGAUUGUUAAGGCUUGA